AUGUCGUGGCGAGGCCGUGACGAGCGGAGCUCACGAUGGGGAGACGACAACCGCUGGUCCGACAGGCAGACGGAAGGGCGUCCCCGCUCGCCCGUGUGGGAGCCUCGUCGGAGUAGCAGCCCUGAUCGCCGAGAACCGCAGCGUGAUCGCCAUCAUCAUGAAACAUUCGAACGAGAGCGCUAUGAACGUGAUCAACGGGAUCGCGAUGACGACCGCAGGGACCGCUACGACCGCGAGGACCGUUUCCGCCGCGAUCGGUACGAUCGGAGUCGCGACCGUAACCGCCGUCGGCCACCCAAACGUGAACGGGAAAGGGGCAUGCCUAUACCGCCUUCGCCGCCCCAAAUAACUGAAUCUGAGCGAAGAGUUAGCAGAUCUAGAUCAAGCAGUCGCUCUGGUAGCCGAGACAGAGACCGAAUGGAUUCUGAGUAUGAAAAUAAAUAUGAGUCCAGAGACAAACAAGAUGAUAACCAAUCAUCAAAUAAUGCAUCUCCGGGGGAUUGGGUUUGUAAGUGUGGAUUGUACAAUUUCAAGCGUCGUCUAGUCUGUUACAGACGCAAUUGUCAAGGCAAGAGGUCUGAAGGUGUAGUAUAUGGUGGUGAUAGUGAAAGAAAUUCAAUGUCAGAAAAUGGAGGUAUUACUAAGAGAUUAUUAUUUAGAAGAUUAGAUGCUCUUACAACAGAAGAAAAAAUCCUGGAUGCUAUUAAAGAGAGAUGCUCGAAGGUUGUCUUAGAUUCUAUUUCAGGCAUUACUAUUGGUAGAGAGACUUUGACAGGUGCUUCCAAAUGCUUGGCUUAUAUUAAUUUUAACUCUAUUGCCGAUUCCACAGUAGCUCAUUCUGAGUUAGUUUCCCUCCAACCCCCACUAGAAAUUGAUGGAAGAGAUGUAUUAGUAAGUUUUUAUAAUGAACCUAAAAAGAUUCAGAAACCUUUGAACACAGAUUAUUCUACAUAUUAUAAUCAAAUGUCCAACUAUCAGGCCUCAUCUCAGGCUAUGUCCGAAGCUGACAGGGUAAAUGCAGCUGCUGCUGUGGCGCAGUCUGCUAUUUCUGCCGCUCAGGCCCGUCAAAUGUCCUGGACACCUGUUAGUGUACCUGUCUUUGUUACUUCCACCACUCAAGCCACAUCCACUGUCAAAGCUCCCACUGGUGAUGGUAAAACAGUAUACUCUGCUCCCGAUGUUAGGACUUUUAUGUAUGAUGAGACUUCUGGCUAUUAUUAUGAUCCGUCUACAGGGUUAUAUUAUGAUGGCACUAGUCAAUAUUUCUAUAACAGUCAGUCUAAUCAGUAUAUGUACUGGGAUGCAACUAGCUGCACAUACAUAGCAGCUACUCAAGCCCAUCAGAACACAGAGCAGCCUAAAUUACCAAACCCUCCCCAGGCCACUACUGAAAACACCAUAAUUAAAGAGCCAGAGGAAAAGAAAAAGAAAGAUAAAGAGGACAAAGUAAAAGUUGCCAAAAAGAUAGCUAAAGAUAUGGAAAGGUGGGCCAGAACGUUGAAUCAAAAGAAGGAGAAUGCAAGAAGCAACACAGUGAUGGAACAACCAUCAGACACUGGUCCCAGUAAAGGUUCAGCAGAUAUUGGUUUUUCUGUACUCGGUUCUGGACCAUCUUUGACUCAUGUUAGAGAACUAUCACCACCUCCACCUACUGGUGAUGACUUCUUAAUGAAAAGAGUUGCUGAAACAGAAAUCGCUUUUGAUAACGAUGAAGGAAUCAUUGACUGGCCUAAGCUCACCUGCCUUGUAUGUAAGAGACGUUUCCCUUCUGCUGAAGUUCUAAACAAACACAAAUCACUUUCAGACUUACACAAACAAAACUUGGCAGAGUAUCGCAAAAAGAAUGAACUUGUCCCUCAACCAAAUGGUUACAGAGAUAGGGCUGCAGAGAGACGCAUGAAGUUUGGUGAAGACGAAACACCAAUCAGAAAGCGUUAUGAACCCCCUGAACCAAUGCCUCCACCUGUUUCAUCACACCCACCACCCUCAGUUGUCGACACUAUUGGUGGUAAAAUGUUACAAAAAAUGGGUUGGUCAGAAGGUAGAGGAUUAGGUAAAGAAGAACAAGGUAGAAUUGCACCUAUAGAAGCUGAACAGAGGCCCAGUUUAGCAGGCUUAGGGCAGAAAAGAGGUAUUUAUACACCCACCCCCGGAGAAACUUAUCGAGACACGGUCAAGAAGCUUAUGAUUGCGAGAUAUAAAGAAGUUGUUGGACAAGAAGAAGGGAAAUAG